AUGAUAUCAGAUUAUUGCAGUCCAUUGUGGUCAUUGCAUUCAUAUGGUGGCCAUAGGCAAUUUAAUGACUUCGAGAAUACAAACGCAGAUGAUAUGAGCAAAAAUUCAAAAGAAAUCAACAAACUAACCAAGCGAUUUGAAGAAAGCAAUAAAAGAUACAAAAAAUACAUGAAGUCGUCUAACGGCAAAAAAAUUAUUUUUAAUAAAUCAAAGAGUUUUAAGUGCUUUGCUCGCGGUGUAAAAUUAGCAAAAUUGUCCGGUGGUUCCGAUCGAUGUGGUGCCAAGACCAGCAGAGAUUUGAAAAAAGGAGAGCACAUUUUUAUUUCACGGCCAUUUGCAUCUGUCGUAGAACCAAAUGAAUCAUACACCUUCAAAUAUUGCCACACGUGCCAUCGAAGUACUUCGAAGGAAUACAUUGCAUGCAAUCAAUGUUGGUCGGCUCGUUUUUGCAGCGGUUACUGUAAGGAUAUGAAUCGAAGUCAUCAAUUCGAAUGUGGUACAUGGUUUCGAGACAUUUCCGAUUUGGAUAUAAAAUUAGCCAUUCAAAUGGUUUUGGAAGCAAUGUCAACAUUUCUUACAGUCAACCAACUGGAAAAGCACAUCACAAAAGUCGUUGAAUCGGAAAUAUUGGUCAAAGAACAUCCAAAUCGACCACUGCCAAAAGGAAUGAAACGAUUGAAUAAACAGAUUCCGACGAAGUGUUAUGAUAAAAACACACAGCUGGACUGUAUAAUGUGCUCAAUAAAUUAUGACGGUGAACGUGAAAGUUGUCAGAAGGCUAGUUUGGCAUAUUAUAUGAUUAUGAACUUUCCAGCCGUUGCUAAUAGAUUCAAAACGAAGGGUCAACGACGCUUUAUGAAACAUUUGCUGUUGCAUUUUUUGAAUAUUGUCAUGUUCAAUUCCAUUUCGAAACCGUUUAUGGUGUCGAGCGACAAGGAAGUUAAGAGACUCGAACGACGAAUAAUUUACGAUGCCAUUAAUUUUAUCAAGCGCACCCUCCACCCCCGACCAAACGUUGAAAUGCAUUUUAUAAAUGGAAACACAAUACACGGCAUUGCAGCUGAGGAUAUCAAAGCAGGUCAACAACUCUUUAUUAACUUUGAUCAACUCUCGAUAUAUUAUGAUAAAUUUGAUGUGAAUAAAGAAGAAAAUUAA